GCGAUGUUUUAUUAGAGCGCACGGCGAAUUAGCCAUUAGAAAUCGGACAACGGGAACGCAAGUGGUACUUUGGUCAGUCGGAAAUUAAACGCGGCAUAAGAGUACCAAAGGCGUCACGAAUAGAACAGAAUGAGUCACGUUCGCACGUAGGAAUUUGUGUCAUGAAUUUACGAUUCGAAGUGUAGUACGUUUGUUAAGGAACCGUUUAUGGACAGAGGAAUGUAUGGUAGAAAAAUGCAUUCCAGUCCGAGCCCCGGAAAGGUGAAUUCUCCAAGAAUAGCCAGGGGCAGAGGAAUAGCUGUCAGUACUUUGAUCCCCGACAAAUGUCUCUGCUACAGGCCUCAUUGUUUCGUGCUAUGCAAUGUUUGUGGAUAUUGGACAAGGGGCAGAGUACGAUACUUCUGCCCCGUUCACCCACAGACAGUCUUUUUGUUUGAUAUUGCACAGUGUCCACAGUGCAAAUCGUAUGGGUUUAUGUUGACUGAGUUUUAAAGCUAGUUAAGUAAACGUCUACCAAAUACUUAUGCUUUAAAUAUCUAUAAUAUGAAUAUUAUUUGUUAUGUUACAAGAACAUAAUAUUUAUUGCAAAAUACCUUUUAUUUGUGUUAUAUAUCUAUCAAAAAUGUAGUUUAUUUUUCUAUGAAUAUGAAGUACCAGUAUUAAGUUAAUUAAUGUAAGGUUAAUGAGUGGAUGAUAUGCAGAUUAAAUAAAUUUUAUUUUUAUUUGCAA